AUGGCAUCUGCAUACUAUUACAAUCAACAACAAGCUGGUGGAGCUCCUCCUUCAUCCAUGAAUCAGCAGCAGCCUCCAAGAGGCAUCCCUGGUCAAAUCGGGAUCAACCCUACGCCGCAACAUUAUCUUCAACAGCAGCAACAGCAACAACAAUACAGAAAUCAAGCCUUGAAUGAUUCUCACAGAAAACGCUCUCAAGCCAAGUCCUCUAGACAAAGUGCUGCCAUGGCAGAUGAUGCUGACGAGCCCUCAGGAGAUGAAUUGGACGAUAUUUCAGCUCGUGAUAUUGCUAUGGCUAGAUACAAGCGCAAUCAUGAUUAUUUAUCAGAAAUCUUCACGCCUUACAAUGCAGCAUCCAUUGUACCACCACCAUUGGAUAUCAAUCAGACCAAAGAAGAGAUUCAGAAACAAAUAGAAGAGUUUAAAGUGAAGACAUCCAGACAAAAGGAAGAGCGUGACAAGAAGAUGUUGAGACUUGAAGAGGAACAACAAAAAUUCUGGACAUUAAUGAACAAACUGAACGAAUCCAACACAUUAGAGUCUAUUAAUGAAGCUGCCAACACUUUGGCAGAAGAGCUAGGACUUCGAAUCGAUCAUUCAUCACAAAAUGUAAAGGCCAUGGCAAUACCAGGAAUUGAGGAGGAUCUACCUGCUCAGCCUCAACAACAACAAAUCUUGAACCAACAACAACCAUCACAAUCAUCCCCACAACAGCAGCAGCAAAUUGAAGAAUCCUCAGCAGACAAUAAAGACUCAUUACAGGAUCAUUCCAUGAUGGAUGUCGAUAAUCAAAAUAACUCCUCCACUACUAAUCUCGAUGAAAACAAUCAGCAUUCAAAGCAACAAGAGGACGAUAAUAUGGACAUGUAUUUCAAAGAUGGUGAGGAGGAAGAGGGUGCAACUGAUAGUUUUUUCAAUGAAAUGGUCAAUGCAGAUGAUGAUCCAUCUGUGAGCGAGUUUUUAAACACUGAAUAA